CCGGCGCUUGCAGUGACCGACUAUUUAUAGCCAAUAACACUGAAGGUCGGGUAGACUCCCUGCACUACACGCGCUCCGUCUGCCUGACUAAACUACUGAGAAGGUCCCUUUCCGGCGGCGCCCGGCGCAGGUGUGCGGCUCUCCCCAGCUACUCAAAGCUGGAGCCGCCGGAAGUACUCCGCUGCAUGCCGGAAGAAGUAACCGAGUGCUGGAAAAGCUGUCCGGGUGGCCGAUAAACGACCUCAAGACAUGAAGGGCGCAGGAUCAAUGAUAGCUUUAACCAAGAGAGCUGAUUCAGCUGAGCUGAGAACUAUAUUUAACAAGUAUGCAAGCGUGGAAAAAAAUGGAGAGCUUUUCAUGUCUCCUCUGGACUUUGUCAAACGUUACUUAAAUGUCACAGGAGAUGGUGAGCCAAGUCCAAAAACCGUGCAGCUCUUGGCUGGUGUGGUGGAUCAAACCAAAGAUGGGUUAAUCUCAUUCCAAGAAUUCGUAGCUUUCGAGUCUGUCCUAUGUGCUCCUGAUGCUCUGUUCAUGGUGGCCUUUCAACUCUUUGACAAGACCGGGAAAGGCGAAGUAACAUUUGAUGAUGUGAAGCAAGUUUUUGGCCAAACCACUAUACACCAGCGUAUACCAUUUAACUGGGGCUGUGAAUUCAUACAACUACACUUCGGAAAAGAUCGAAAGAGACUCCUGCCUUAUGCUGAAUUUACCCAGUUUCUACUGGAAAUUCAGCUGGAACAUGCAAGGCAAGCAUUUGUACAGCGUGACACUGAUCACACCGGCACCAUCAAUGCCAUGGACUUCAGGGAUAUUAUGGUCACCAUCCGACCACACGUCUUGACCCCGUUUGUGGAACAGUGUUUAGUGGCUGCUGCUGGAGGUACCGUAUCCCAUCAAGUCAGCUUUUCGUAUUUUAAUGGAUUUAAUUCCCUCCUGAACAAUAUGGAGCUCAUUAGGAAGAUAUACAGUACCCUGGCUGGCAAUAGGAAAGAUGUGGAAGUCACAAAAGAGGAGUUUGUGUUGGCUGCACAGAAAUUUGGACAAGUGACGCCCAUGGAAGUUGACAUAUUGUUCCAAUUAGCAGAUUUGUAUGAGCCAAGGGGGCGUAUGACUUUGGCAGAUAUUGAAAGAAUUGCUCCCCUGGAAGAAGGGGCUUUGCCUUAUAACCUGGCAGAGGCUCAAAGACAGCAUCAAGGCUCUGGUGACGUGUCUCGUACUGUCCUUGUCCAAGUGGCCGAGUCAGCUUAUAGAUUUGCUCUUGGUUCAAUCGCAGGAGCUGUUGGUGCCACCGCUGUCUAUCCUAUUGACUUGGUAAAAACGAGAAUGCAGAACCAGCGAUCUACGGGAUCAUUUGUAGGAGAACUCAUGUACAAGAACAGUUUUGAUUGCUUUAAGAAGGUUCUGCGGUAUGAAGGCUUCUUUGGACUUUAUAGAGGUUUAGUACCUCAGCUGCUGGGUGUAGCUCCAGAGAAGGCUAUUAAAUUGACCGUGAAUGACUUUGUAAGAGAUAAGUUCACAACUAAAGAUGGCGGUAUCCCACUCCUGGCAGAAAUCAUGGCUGGCGGAUGUGCUGGAGGGUCUCAGGUAAUUUUUACCAACCCCCUGGAGAUUGUGAAGAUUCGCUUGCAAGUGGCGGGAGAGAUCACCACCGGUCCUCGUGUUGGGGCUCUCACUGUGCUCAGGGAUCUAGGAUUUUUUGGCCUGUACAAGGGGGCAAAGGCAUGCUUUCUGCGCGACAUUCCCUUCUCGGCCAUUUAUUUUCCUUGUUAUGCCCACAUGAAGAGUUAUUUUGCAAGUGAAGAUGGAAGAGUUAGUCCUGGCUACCUUCUCUUGGCUGGAGCUAUAGCCGGCAUGCCAGCAGCAUCUCUGGUGACACCUGCUGAUGUCAUCAAAACUAGACUGCAGGUAGCGGCACGUGCCGGACAGACCACUUACUCAGGAGUUAUUGACUGCUUUAGAAAAAUAUUGAAGGAGGAAGGACACAGGGCUUUAUGGAAAGGCGCUGGAGCUCGUGUGUUCAGGUCCUCUCCUCAGUUCGGUGUGACACUGGUAACUUAUGAGUUGCUGCAGAGAUGGUUCUACGUUGAUUUUGGUGGCGUGAAACCAUCAGGCUCAGAACCUGUUCCAAAGUCCCGAAUCACUUUACCUGCUCCAAACCCUGACCAUGUGGGUGGAUAUAAGUUGGCAGUCGCCACAUUUGCUGGAAUUGAAAGUAAAUUUGGACUCUACCUUCCACGGUUUCAACCAUCACCAUCACCUACCUCAAAACCAGCUGCUUCUGCUAUCCCUUGAGAUACCAGUGAGAAGGAUCAUCUAGUUACUUCAUGAAUAUGUUACAAUAAUGUCAGGCUAACACAUUUCUCUCGUCUUUUACACAAAAUCCCGUUUUCAUUUAGGCACUUAGUAUGGUUUUCAUACUCUAAUUGCGUGAGCUAAUUGCGUUUGCCUCGGAAAUGCAUAGCUCCGCUUUGGAGCUCCAUUUUGACCCCUGAAUGUAUUAGAUAUACAUAGUGUGUUGAUGGUAGGUCAAAUCCCUUCCUGAGGGCAAAUUAUUUAUUCCCAGGUCAAUCAAUAGAAAUACUUUAAAAUUA